UCAGAUUAAUGCAAUUUUAGUUAUUGACAAGUGAACGCCGGAUAAUAACCUUGUCUACGUCCGGGUUUAACAUGUAGUAUAUAAAUACACGUUAAGUGUGUGACGAUGUAUGUUCGGGCAGUGUAUUUUAGUGUAGCAGCAAUAUUAUUCAGCUGCAUUGACAUAACCAUUGGAUCAUGCACUCCACCUUCCUCCUUCUGUGGUAAUAUUGGGCUCGAAUUGAGUGGCUACAGUAGUUGCAAUGACAAAGUUGACAAGGAAGACACGACACACCAGCCUAUUGUAUCAUUCGAACAUGCAGAUUCGGACAAUUUGUACACGUUGAUUAUGGUAGAUCCGGAUGCUCCAGCACCUGAUAACCCAUCACUGGCUCACUGGCUACACUGGCUGGUAACAAAUAUAAAGGGAUCAGACUUUGGGAGUGAAGAUCUCGGUGGCACAACAAUUAUGAAGUACGAAGGGCCAAGUCCACCAAAAGGAACUCACAGGUACCAGUUCUUGUUGCUUAAGCAGACUGGACAGAUCACUGUUGCAAAGCCAAGCAGUAGAGCACGUUUCCAGCUGAAGGACUUCCUCGCUAACGAGAAGUUUGAUUGCAAUGAUGUAGCAACUUUCCAAUACAAAGUCGAUGCAUAAUUAAUUCUGUCUAGAUCUUUCCAUUUCAUUAAAUAAAUGACUAGUUACAGAUUGUGAA